AUGUUCUUGCUAGUCAGUUGUUUAGCUCUUGUGGCCUCUGCACUGGGGUGUGGAGUACCUACUAUCAAGCCCCAAGUGAGCGGAUACAACAAGAUUGUAAAUGGGCAGAGUGCUGUUUCUGGGUCCUGGCCUUGGCAGGUUUCUCUUCAGGAUGGUCGUGGAUUCCACUUCUGUGGAGGUUCCCUGAUCAACCAGUACUGGGUUGUCACUGCCGCUCACUGCCGUGUGUCUCCUAGAAGCCACCGUGUUAUCCUGGGAGAAUAUGAUCGUCAGAGCAACGGUGAGCAAAUUCAGGUCAAGUCCAUUUCCAGGGCCAUCACUCACCCCUACUACAACGCUCAGAACUUCAACAAUGACAUCACCCUCCUGAGGCUGUCAUCCCCAGUGCAGAUGGCAUCCCGUGUGUCUCCUGUGUGCCUGGCCUCUUCCAGCACCAGCAUUCCCUCUGGAACCAAAUGUGUCACCACUGGGUGGGGCAAGACCGGCCAAACCUCAAGCCCCCGCUACCUCCAGCAGACUGCCCUGCCUCUGCUCACCCCUGCUCAGUGCAAGCAGUACUGGGGUUCUAACAGAAUCUCUGAUGCCAUGAUCUGUGCUGGUGCUUCUGGAGUGUCCUCCUGUCAGGGUGACUCUGGUGGCCCUCUGGUCUGUGAGAACAGUGGAACGUGGUCCCUUAUAGGUAUUGUGUCCUGGGGUACCUCAAACUGCAACGUGCGCACCCCUGCAGUGUAUGCCCGUGUGUCCUACCUGCGAAGCUGGAUUGACCAGACUGUUGCUUCCAACUAA